AUGUCUAAUCUUUCAGCACGAACAGGACGAGACCGUCAACGUUAUGACAACAACUUCCGUCUUGUUUCUGGAUGCAUUCCGUAUAGACUAGUGAAAGAUGAAGAGGACUCAACUGUUGACUUUGAAAACAAGCUCCAAGUUCUUAUGGUUUCAUCUCCUAACCGACACGAUCUUGUCUUCCCAAAGGGAGGAUGGGAAGAUGAUGAAACUGUUCUUGAAGCUGCUUCUCGUGAAGCCAUGGAAGAAGCUGGAAUCAAAGGAAUACUAAGAGAAGAUCCAUUAGGAGUUUGGGAGUUUAGAAGCAAGAGUAGCAGUAUGGAGCCUGACUGCUGCCUAGGUGGAUGCAAAGGCUAUAUGUUUGCGUUAGAGGUGACUGAAGAACUUGAGACAUGGCCAGAACAUGAGAACCGCGAGAGGAGAUGGCUGAAUGUUAAAGAAGCUUUGGAACUGUGUCGGUAUGAGUGGAUGCAGUGUGCUCUUGAAGAGUUUCUAAGAGUAAUGGCAGAAGAUGGAAGGACAAAAGAAGAGACUCUUGCGGCUGCUUCGAGCAUUUCAAAUCGAGAAGAGCGUCAAAUCGGUUCUUCAGUACUACUCUGUAGUUAAUUAGUUUCUGUUAGGCACAUCAAACUUCUUCAACUGUUAUUAUAUUCUGAAUUGUUGAAAAGCUUCUUCUGUAAGCAAAAAACAUGAGGAGCUAAAUGAUUAAGACUCAGUUUGUUCCAAGUUUAGCAUGUGAUUCCCAAAGAGACAUAUAGAGA